AUGCUCACAAGAGACAGCAAGGAUGCAAUCAACGAAGCCGCCCCUCCACAAACCCCACCUGAUACCGUUGGCUUCUACCGGCUAAAGCCCGUGCUCGAUCGAAGAAUCCAUAUAAUCGGUAUCGGGAAUGUGGGCUGCUUCAUUGCGCAUGCUCUCCGUGGCGUUGUGAAUGCUCCUCCUGUGACGUUGAUCUUUAAGCAUUGGGACAGACUGAAGGAGUGGAAUGAGUCGCCGCAAAGACUUACACUCGUCACCGACGGAGACAGCGAAUUCCGUGACGGAUACGACGCCGAACUAGCUAUACCACGUAUACGAUACCAUGGCAAGGAAGUAGGCUUGAAUCCCCCCAAGGCAGAAACCGAAAAAGGAUCACCACCCAUCUUCACAGGAGAGUCGAGAGAGCCCAUCAACUCGCUAAUUGUAUGCUGCAAAGCGCCAUAUGUACUUCAAAACCUCUCUGCAGUAAAGCACCGACUGCAUAAAGACUCCGUCAUUCUCUUCCUCCAAAACGGCAUGGGUAUCGUCGAGGAAGUGAACAAGGAAAUCUUCCCUGAUCCAGCGACAAGGCCAUACUAUAUGCUAGGCAUCAAUUCACACGGCCUACACACGUCGCCCUCGCAGCGUUUCACAACCGUCCACGCAGGCUACGGCACAAUCUCCCUCGGCAUCCUCCCCCACGAACGCGAGCGCGACCCCUCAUCACCCUACAUCCCCGACGUAAAAUUCACCGCAAAGCACGACGGCCCAAUCUACCCGGAUCCCCCCACAACGCUCAACCCAGAAUACCCAGAGCCCUCCAGUGCAAAGUUCCCCUUCACACCUAACCAACGCUACCUCCUGCGUACCCUGCUGCGCGCCCCCGUUCUGGGCGGCGCCUCCUUCUCGCCCCCAGAUCUCCUCCAAAUGCAACUCGACAAGCUUGCCAUAAACUGCAUCAUCAAUCCCCUCACCGUGCUCCUGGACGCCCGAAAUGGUGCUCUAUUGAACAACUGGGCUUUAUCCCGUACCAUGCGGCUCCUCCUCGCUGAAAUCAGCCUCGUCAUCCGUUCACUGCCUGAACUGCAAUAUAUACCCAACGUAGCCCAGCGCUUCGACCCAGGCCGCCUGGAAACCGGUGUCGUGGCUAUUGCACACCGCACGAGGGACAAUGUAAGCAGUAUGCUGGCGGAUGCGAGACAGGGCGUACAAACGGAGAUUGAGUAUAUUAAUGGGUGGAUUGUGAAGAGAGGGGAGGAGCUGGGGAUUAGGUGUUCGAUGAAUUAUAUGGUUAUGCAGUUGGUCAAGGGUAAGACGAUUAUGGUGCAGCAUGAGCUUGAAGAUGAGGUCCCGCUUUUGCCGAGGAAGGGCGGUGGGAGGGCUGAGGGCGAAGUUGUGCUCAAGGAGGGGGUGGCUGGAGUGCAGGAUAAGAAAAGUGAGAAAUGA